AGGAGAUUACGGUACUAGCUGGGCUACUGCCUGUGUUACGUCAGCGAGAGCUGCAAAGUUCCUUGCCAUUCUUUUCUGGUGUUGGGGAGCUGAAUAUUAACAGGGUGAUUGUAGAGUUAUCGCUUAUCUGUAUUUUUUUUUUCUUUUCCUAUUUUGACUCUUUUUUUAAAAAAUGCAGGUAAAGUGACAGAGGACCAGGAGCUUACAGACAUUGGUGGUGGAGGGGUGAGUCAGCGGGUGCAAAAGAACGAGGAUUUGGUUCCUCCGAGAGACGGGUCCCCUCUCCGCCUCCAGAGAAGAGCAGGCAGGCAGUUCCCGGGACCGAAGCCGGGUCCGCCUCCCCAGCGCGUGAGCGGGUGUUCUGCAGCGGCGCUUCAAGGUGGAUGUGGUCAAACGAUGCCCACGGCCGCCUGGGUCUCGGCACAUAUUUCAUAUCCACGUCCCUUGCCCCGCGCGCCUAGAAGCUGCAGCGAGCAAGAGCCCUCGAUGGGGCAGCUCAAAAUGUAGAUAACUGCAGGCCGGGAGUGGCGCCCAGAUGCCAUCCCUCCCUGCCUUUGAGCGUCGACGGCUGAUCCUUUGGUUUGCUGGGGAGACUGGCACUGGAGUUUUGAAUUCCGAAUUAUGUGCAAAAUGCUGAAUCUUCCCCCAACCAGGACGAGUCAGACAGUGCGGAAAAGCAGACUCUCAGUCUCGUAAUUCUUGGAUUGCUUGUUGCACGGAGUCUUCUGUAUCGUCGCACCCAGCCUCGGGUAGGGAGGAAGUCAGAGUCCCGGAUCAGGCCAGACCAGCAGGUGGAAAGGGUUCCCGGCCACCCCGCGCGCCCCUGGCCAUGUCGCCUUUCAUGCCCUGCCCCUUCUUGUGGCCUUCUGAGGGUUCCCAGGGCUGGCCAGGGUUGCUUCCCACCCGCGCGCACGCUCCCACCCCCAGCCAAACCCAGCUGGCAGGGCUCCCUUCAGCCGAGACCUUUUGAUUCCCCGCUCCCGCGCUCCCUCCUCCGCGCCCGCCCGGGGGUGGCCCUGGAGAGCCGGACCUCUCCGGGCCCCGGCUGGGACCAUGGUGUUUCUCUCCGGAAAUGCUUCCGACAGCUCCAACUGCACCCAACCGCAGGCACCGGUGAACAUUUCCAAGGCCAUUCUGCUCGGGGUGAUCUUGGGAGGCCUCAUUCUUUUUGGGGUGCUGGGGAACAUCCUAGUGAUCCUCUCAGUGGCCUGUCACCGACACCUGCACUCAGUCACUCACUACUACAUCGUCAACCUGGCGGUGGCUGACCUCCUGCUCACUUCCACGGUGCUGCCCUUCUCUGCCAUCUUCGAGGUCCUAGGCUAUUGGGCCUUCGGCAGGGUCUUCUGCAACAUCUGGGCGGCGGUGGACGUGCUGUGCUGCACCGCGUCCAUCAUGGGGCUCUGCAUCAUCUCCAUUGACCGCUACAUCGGCGUGAGCUACCCGCUGCGCUACCCCACCAUCGUCACCCAGAGGAGGGGUCUCAUGGCUCUGCUCUGCGUCUGGGCACUCUCCCUGGUCAUCUCCAUUGGGCCCCUGUUCGGCUGGAGGCAGCCGGCCCCCGAGGACGAGACCAUCUGUCAGAUCAAUGAGGAGCCGGGCUACGUGCUCUUCUCAGCGCUGGGCUCCUUCUACCUGCCGCUGGCCAUCAUCCUGGUCAUGUACUGCCGCGUCUACGUGGUGGCCAAGAGGGAGAGCCGGGGCCUCAAGUCCGGCCUCAAGACCGACAAGUCGGACUCGGAGCAAGUGACGCUCCGCAUCCAUCGGAAAAACGCCCCGGCAGGAGGCAGCGGGGUGCCCAGUGCCAAGACCAAGACGCACUUCUCGGUGAGGCUCCUCAAGUUCUCCCGGGAGAAGAAAGCGGCCAAAACGCUGGGCAUCGUGGUGGGCUGCUUCGUCCUCUGCUGGCUGCCUUUUUUCUUAGUGAUGCCCAUUGGGUCUUUCUUCCCUGAUUUCAAGCCUUCUGAAACCGUUUUUAAAAUAGUAUUUUGGCUCGGAUAUCUAAACAGCUGCAUCAACCCCAUCAUAUACCCAUGCUCCAGCCAAGAGUUCAAAAAGGCCUUUCAGAAUGUCUUGAGAAUCCAGUGUCUCCGCAGAAGGCAGUCUUCUAAACACGCCCUGGGCUACACACUGCACCCCCCCAGCCAGGCCCUGGAAGGGCAGCACAAGGACAUGGUGCGCAUCCCCGUGGGAUCAGGAGAGACCUUCUACAGGAUCUCCAAGACGGAUGGCGUUUGUGAAUGGAAAUUUUUCUCUUCCAUGCCCCGAGGAUCUGCCAGGAUUACAGUGUCCAAAGACCAAUCCUCCUGCACCACAGCCCGGGUGAGAAGUAAAAGUUUUUUGCAGGUCUGCUGCUGUGUAGGGCCCUCAACUCCCAGCCUUGACAAGAACCAUCAAGUUCCAACCAUUAAGGUCCACACCAUCUCCCUCAGUGAAAACGGGGAGGAAGUCUAGGACAGGAAAGAUGGAGAGGAAAGGGAAAUAAUCUUAGGUACCCACUCCACUUUCUUCUUGGAAGGCCAGCUCUUCCUGGAGGACAAGAUAGGACCAAUCAAAGAGGGGACAUUCUGGGAAUGGGGUAGGGGGUAGACCCACCUCAUCAGGCAGUGGGUAGGGUGCAAGGAAGAGGGAGAGUGUCUCACAACCAACCAGUUCAAAACCAUACUGAACAACAUUUCCCUGCAGCUAAUGCUUUCUCGGUCACUCUGCGCCCGCUUCAACGAAAACCACCAUGGGAAACAAUUUCAUGUACAAUCCAAAAGACUAUAAAUAUAGGAUUAUGAUUUCAUCAUGAAUAUUUUGAGCACACACUCUAAGUUUGGAGCUAUUUCUCGAUGGAAGUGAGGGGAUUUUAUUUCAGGCUGAAUCUACUGACAGCCACAUUUGACAUUUAUGGGGAGAGGGCCUAGAGAGGGAGAGUAUAAGAUGGUGGCCGAAAUCCAGACACAUUAUUUUUAGAGCAAGUCCUGAAACUCCACCCUUUCUAAUACAUCCAGUUUCUCAGCUUGAGGGAAACUUGACAGGGAGGUUUACCUUUGGCUGCACUUUGAAUGGAUGCUGCCCCUCAUUUCCCAAUGACAGUGAGGGACGCUCAUGAUGUCUCAGAACAUAGCAUUCUUUAUCCGUGGGUCAGGAGAGGGUUGAAAGAACGAAUCAAGGUGGUAUGGCUUUUCCCAAGAGAAGACAGUAGACAAGAGCCUCGUUCUUUCCAUUUAACUACUAGAGAGAAAAAUCCAUUAAACUGUUCCAAGAUCAGAUGAUGAUAGGCUUCCUCUGUAAUAUCUUUAAAGACCAAGAGCUUGGGGGGCUGUUAAUUUCUUGCAAAGACAGAGGCUGUUCACUUACUGCACAGUCAUUUCAACAUGGCUUAGAAAAGCCUUUCUUGGCAAAUCACUUACCUAUUCCAGAACUCUGUUAUGAAAAUCCAGAGCUUAUAAUAUUUUGAAAGGCAAAAGAUUGGCUCUCAUUACUUCUCAUCUGCUUCACUAUUGCGUAGUGAAUGAGCUUCGCCUGUGGCAUGUUGGAAUGAGCCUUAGGAUCGAAGUAUGUUCUCCCCGCAUUUUGAAAAAUAGUAAUGCUUAGCUUCAGACAGAUACUGAUGGAUCACAAAAGAACUGUCUAAAGCAGGCGUUUGCAAACUUUUUUUUGCUAGAAGCCCAUUUGUUCAGGAAAAAGAUCCGGUAGUCAAUUCAACUUAAUCUAUUCCUACUUUUCUGCAAGAACUUGGGGAACAUGCUGUAUUUUGCUUUCUGUAUACCAGAUUUUGGUAAACCAUAAUAACUCAGUACACAACUUGCUUAUCUCUUUUCCGAAAUUCCUGGAACCAGAAGUGUUUCAGGUUACAGAUUUUUUUCAAAUUUUGAAAGAUUUGCAUAUAUAUAAUCAAAUAUCUCAGAGAUGGGACCCAAGUCUACACACACAAUUCAUUUAUGUUUCAUACACGCCUCAUACGCAUAGCCUGAGGGUAAUUUUAUACAAUAUUUUUAAUUGACUGUUUUUGACUACAACCCAUAGACAGGAAACCAGGUGUGGAAUUUCCCACCUAUACAUCAUGUUGGUGCUCAAACAAUCUCGGAUCUUAGAACCUUUCGGAUUUCAGAAUUUUGGAUUAGGGCUGCACAAGCUAUAGAUUACUAAUGAUGACGAUGGUAACUAUAUGUAAAAAUUAAAAUAUGGCUGUCAUUCCACAAAAAGAAUUUUAAAUCAGAUUUAUGUUUUUGGAAUAAUUCUCAACAAUCAGUGAUCUAAAACGAAAGACCAUUUGCCUGGCCUCUUUCCUCUAUUAAAGUAAUUUCCUCUAAAAUUCGAAGCAGUUGUAACCUUCACAGCACGAGUAGUGGCCUUGACAUCUCUGUCUUCUUCCUUUGCAGCAAAAUGAUAAUUUCCUUAAAUACUUCUAAAAAAAAAAAAAAAACAAGUCUCUUUCCACAUUGCAAUAGAUGGUAUGUUUGCAUGUGGAUUUGAGUUUUGUUAUAGGCUGUGUUUAGACCUGGGUUGUGACUGUUUUUCCAGCCUUUUUCUGAGAAGUGUCUUCUUACUGGCCAGAUACAUAUUCAGCCUUCUGUCCAGAACUUGGAUUCUGGCACUGAGAUGUUGGCCACAUUUUGAGAGUCUUCUGUUCUCUCCCAUAAGAGCUCUGCCAGAUGUGGAUAUCCUAUUAUAGAGGCAAGCAUCUAAGAAGAACACGAAUAUGUAAACCCUCGCUCCUCUUCUGCCUUGAUAGGAAAAAUCAGUUUCAUUGUUGAGAAGAGCUUGGUCCAGGAUCUGAAUAAGAAAAUCCCUUGCCCCACUUCCCUUUCCAGGAAGAGCAACCCCAUGGGAAGAAUGGUUAUCAUUUUUCUUCAAUAAAUUAUGGCUCGAUGUUUGAGAUGAUCUUUAAACAUCUUUACAGAUACAUUAAAUUUUAGAUAUGGGAAAGCUUAGAAGCACAGGAAAUCUGGCACUAAUGACACAUCUAAUCAAAAUAAACAACAAGAGAAUCUUUUGGUCAUCAGAAUAAAACCGUAACAAUUAUAUCCACGUAAAACUAUCCAUAAAUAAUUGUUUGCUACACUCUUCUCCAGUCCCCUCUCUCCAGGGAGGUAAACUUACAACAUAUUUUUCCUUCCCAUAGCAUGAUACACCAAUUUUACAAGAAAUCGAUAAUGUCUCCCAAAAUUAAGCCAAAGUAGGGUAAACAACAUAUGAGUUGAAUUACUUUUUGCUUAUUUCUCCUAAAUCUCUGUACCUUUAAGCAUGCCAAAAAAUAUCUAAAAUUGCUGCAGUACAGAAAAUAAUUGUCAUAUUUAUACUCAUAUGUUUACUGCUUCUAUUUGGGGUUGGAGAAAUUUGCCCAGAGUAACAAUGUCUUCUCUAAUAUGUUAUAAAAAGUUUGGGAUUGUCUAAACAUCACAAAAAUCAGUGUGACAUUGUGGGAUAGGGGAAAUUUGAGCUUAUUCUGCAACGCAAACUGCAUGCAUUGAGAGACCCUGAACCUCAUUAUUCAAAAAUUUCCCCAGAUUAUGUCAAGGACUUCAGAAAAGCAUUUUACUCAUCAGUUAUCUUUCCUUUUCCUCUCUCAUGUCUCCUCCAAGACAGCUUCUACAUAUAAUCACACAGCAAAUCUAAAACUCUACAAAAUAUUCAAAAAUAAAUACUCCACGGUAGACAGUAGUGUUUGGAUAAAUAAAUAUUCUCUUAAGAUUUUUCUGUUAGGUCUUACUGUGUGCCAGGAAUCUGCAGGAAAUUUUGUGCCCAUUGCCUCUAAACUCCCUGGAAACUCUGCUACUCUCCUAUUAUACAGAUAAAAAUCUGAUCAUUGUGAGAGGUUAAGGACUUGCCCAAGGCCAAGGGAGAACCAUGAUUGAAACCUGCAUCUCCCUAUUCUGAACCUGUACAUUUUCCAUAGCUCCCCUUCUUCAAAAGAAUGGGGGUAAGACUUUUCCCAUUUGGAUUGGGUGUGCUGAGGAUGCCAAGGCACAGCCAAACUUUUUAAUGUUUUCUUUCCUUGGGAUUUGCCUCCAAAUUAACCAUGGCAAAUGUGCCGCCAAAUCUCCAGCCCAGUCAAACUCAAGAGCAGGGCAUCCAUGGAAGGGUUUGGUGUCUGCACUUGUAACUAUCAGACCGUACCACAUUUUUAGGAGUUAAUGGCCUGGAAUGUGAUGAAGUCCUUGCAAGGACAUACUAUGGCAUGUUGGGGGAAGAUGGGAAUGUAAGAGAAUGCAGAAGAGGCCACACUGGCCAAGAACAGUUUAAUCCCAUUGUAGAUAGGACACAUAUUGGGUGUUGUGUUGAAGUUAUUGAGGACCAACCACAGUUCAUAGAAACUCUUUUUGGGAGGUACAUCCCUUUUAAAAAUAUAAAUGAAAACAAAUACAUCACUCGCUCUCACUCGCCUGUAUUCCAACUGUAUUUUUUUUAAGUUGGACAGGGGGAAGGGAUUAUAGAUAUUUCACCAAGAAUUGCAGAGAGCAUAUCGAGCAUGUGAAUUUUAUGAUGUUACCACGGGAAAAUGGUUCAGAAUGCUGACGUCCCGGUAGCGGAAGACCCAGGCAGUCUUUGCAAAAUGAGGCACCAGCUGGAAGCUUUGGCUAUGUAUCACGUGACAUUGCUUGCUCCUAAUUUCUUUUCACAAGUGAAAAUUGGAUAUCCCAACCUUCUGGCCCAGUAGGUUUCAUGGUUAAGACCUGGGAGUGAGAACAUUUUAGGUACUAUUUGCUUGGGCAGGUAAUUGUUCACUUUUUGAUCACGGCUACUUAAUAAGAGCUUGACAAACUUUCUCAACUGCUUCAGGGGCUGGUCUUCUCAGGUCCUUUGGCCAUAAAAGAUGCUGCCUCUGUGUAUGAAUACUUACUGACUUAAUUUAGGAAAAAGCACUGCUCAUCAGCACAGGGCGCCCAAGCAGAGGGGAGGUAAACCCUCCAAGAAGAAAACAGAUAAAAAGAAAGCAAAGGAGGCAAAUAUGGAGACAUUAGAGGUAUGCUCACCAGUUACUCUGAUUUUUUUUACACUACUAGGACUUUUAACCAUGAAACCACCUGCGCAUAGCUCCAGUGGAGCCCAGUUGGAACCCUGUUUGCACCUGCUCCGUGUCUGCAGACUGUGCUGGGGAGCUGGGCUGAGCCAGGCUGCUGUGUGCCCACCAUCUUCAGAAAGCAAUGGCAGCCGUGGCCUCCUGGCCCUCCAGAGUCCCUGAGAGCUGAGUGAGUGGAGAUGACCAUUGCGGGGCUGGGCUGACAAAACCAACUUAGGAUUUCAGCAGAGGACACCAGUCCCUUGCUGCUGCUCCCACCAGCCUUAGCUUGUUCAUGCUCCCCAGACCCAAAUGUCAUGGAAGAGGGGCUGAGCAUGGCCUUAUCUGCUCUAUGCAGGAAAAUGUCAUUUCUACUUUGCUGCUGCAACGUGGGUUGCUAGUUCUCACACCUAAAACAAGGUUGUGGUGUUUGUGGGUGGAAGGGUUUAGCAGCAGAAAGAUUUACCACAGACAUUGCUCAAAGCAGGAUGCUUGAGUCAUGCCUUGCUGCAACUGACAAGCAAGGAGCUGCCCUAAAGCUUGUGGCUUAUUCAUUUCAAAAGACAGAAUAAUUGCCUUCCCUUUCCGUGUGGCUCAGGAGUUAUUACUUUACUUUUUCACCAUAUCAUCGUCAGUGAAGCCACAUUAUAAGCUGGAAAUGAAUAUUGCUAAACUAUGAAAACUACAGGCUUAAUUAGGCAGAAAAUCUAAGAGCAAAUGUACACUGUAUUUGAAGUUAAAAAAACAUGAAGGCACUGACUUCUUCAAAAGCCUGGAUUCCAUAGGUGCAUUCAAAUGCAGUAGAGAGAAAGCUAAGACAAAAAAUCCCAACUUGAGUUUACUAUUUCUGUCCAUUUAUAUAGCACUUUAUAUUUGUCAAAGUAAUUUUGCUUAUCUUAAGUCAUCCCUGUGCAGUAGAAGGAGAAGAAACAGAUUACUGCCUACACUUUAGCAUCUAAAGAAAAGAGGAGGUGGGAGAUUUAAGGGUUUCUUGGAAUAUCCCCAAAUCCAGCGUCCGACUCCUUUUUCCACGGCACCUCAGUGUUUCCCAGGUCCACUGUGUUUUCCGACACUCUGACUUUCAUAUCUCACUCAUUUGUCCCUGACCUAUAAUUUCAUCUCUAUUGGCACCUUCUCUCCUGUCGUAUCUCUGCCAUGGCUGGGCAGCACCGCACUGUUCCUGGGGCUGAGGGCAUAUUUGUCUUUGCUUCUGUGAUUGACUGAAAGACACGCACAUGUGAUUCUGUUCUUUAUCCCUAGAUGGCAGCAGCAGAGCCAAGGAACUAGGCAGGGCAGGAGGCUCUUGGUUUGUUCCACAGGGUGACAAGUAAGGCAGUGAUCAUCACCUUACUGUCCUCAGGAACGCAGAGGUCCCAAAGGGAGUUUGGGGAAUAAUUCUUUUCCCGGUCAGCCUGUGGGUCAUUGCAUACACAAUGGUCAUCACCAGCAGCAAACAACCUCUCCUACACCGCACCCUGCACUUGGCAUGAAAAAGACAGAGAGGCACAGAGAGUCCCUAGCCUACAAGCUGGAUGGAGUCCAUGUUCAUCUGUUCCAAAGCCAAAAAUGCAUUUUUCCAAGAGGCAUUGUUAUAAAUGGAAGAGGGGAAGGAUGUUCCCAGAUGAGCCAAAAAAAAUCUAUUUAAUGUACAUUAGGAGUUUGCAAACUUUUCCUAUGUGUGACUAGAUAGUAAAUAUUUUAGGCAUUGUGGGGUCAUACAGUCUCUAUCACAUAUUCUUACUUGUUUUGACUUUUUGCAGGGAGGGAGACAACCCUCCAAAAUGUAAAACAAAACCCUUCUUCUCUCAAACAAAGCAAAACAAACAGAAAACCAGACUGCAGGGCAGAGCGAGCUCAUGGGCCAUAGUUCGUCAUCACGAUCUGUGCCGUUACUAGCUGACAUUAUAGCACAGACGAUGCUAAACAAUGGGAUUCGGUGUUCAAAAUACAAAUAUGUUUUAAUAUGCCAUUGACACAUCUCCACUUAGCUAAAUUCAUGUUCCCAAUCUGCAUGAGUCAUUGGAUAAAGUGACAAGUCCACAUUCAGAGUGGGCCCAUUCCAUGUAUCAUUUGACCUUCCAAGCAGGCAUCAGGGUAAAAGGUGAGCACCUGUCACCCCCCCACCACUGCUGUCCUCUGAAGAGUCGGAAGGUCUACUGGAGCCCAGGGGGGCCUCAACAUUGUUCAGCUCCUUGCCCCAUCAGGGAAAUGCCCAAAGCACAAUCUGGCCGACCCUAAGAGUAGCAACAAUAAAUACACACCUCUUGACCAAGGCCAACCUGAAAUUCCUCCAAGACCCUUGGAACCUGCCCAAAUGGAGGGCCCCAGAGGCCCCCCAAAGAAUCUCCACGUCACACUUGGCUCCUUGGGAAGACCUCCUGAACAUGGCACCCCACACCAGGGCAUUUAAGGGCCUGCCUGGAGCUCACCAGGAAGAGUCAUGGGUUCAGAAAGUAUGCCUGAUACAGUGGGGCAUUUUCAAAAGACAGAUAGGAUUCAGAAUUGUUCUCUCCUCCUUUUCCUUUUCCUCUUCCUCCUCUUCCUCCACUUCUUUCUUCUUUUCUUCUUUUUCUUUUUUCUUUGCCUAACUGGAAUAGAAAUGACAUAACUAUGGGGAAGCAUAUUUAGUCUUCCCCUGGGGAUACCAGAUUCACGUCUCCCUGAGCUGACACACUUUGUCAGAGGGACUUGUUCCUUCCUCUCUCCAGUCCUGAUGGGCAACGAGGAAGAGAAAGACUCUCCUGAUCAGAAAUAAAGUGCUGUUCCUGCAGCCAAGGGCACAGUGUCCAGUGUUGAGAGAGGAGACUCCACGGCAGGGCUCUCGGGUGGGGCAUGGAUGGUGGUGGGUGCAGAACUGAUAUGGAAGAACCUGGAAAUACUGAGGCCAUUCAGAAAUUAUACCUCUAUUACCUUGGGAUGAUGCUAUGUGACAGCCUCCCCUACCUUCCCUUCCUAUUGGUCUUGAUCCUGAGCCCUUUCAUCUUUCCCACCUCCUUUCCUGAUGCUGUCCUCUCCAUAAUUCCACCCUCCCCUUCUUGCUAAACUUACAAACAAUGAAAAAGGCUGGGGUGGGUGUCCUUGCUCCAGAGGGUGCCAUUUCCCAUGGAAUCCAUGCUCUGGGUGACAAGACGGGGCUGACCUCAGCAACUCCAUCCCCUUCCCAGGUCAGCCAGACUCUGUAAGCUCCAGGCCCACAGCAUCCAGAGAGCUCAGGGCAGGAGACGGUGCCAAGAGAGUGAGGACAUUCUGAAGGCCCCCAAGGACUUUUAUCCUCUGCUUGCAGUGCUGCCUUUCUGUUUGUAUACAAUUACUUCUAAUAAAAGGUAUAAACAAUGUGCAGCCACAUUUUAGAAAAGAGCUGGUGGUCAGAGUGAGUGGUUGCAGUAUUUCUAUCAGCCCCACAAAGUAUGCACCUCUUACCACUGUCUAAUGGUUCAAAAGUCUCUACUGAGCCCAACAAAGUCAGCUUCUCUUUCUCUUCUUCUGCAUUUUCUGUCUCUUGCCUUUCUUGUUCCUUUCCUGUUGACUUUCCCUCUUAAGAAUGCUUGAGGGCCUUCAAGGCCUUUGAUUAAUCCCAUAAAGUAAACCUGGUUUUAUGUUGGCAUCAAGCAAUGCUUAACCCAUCGGAAUGUAUACCCUAAGCAGAAGUGUCAGCCAGGCAGCAAAGCUGGUUCUUUCUCUUCUGGUACUCUGCUCUUUGUCCCUGUCUCCAGCAGCCCAUCUGCUACUGGACCUUGUUAACGGAGUCCUUCCACCAACUCAUCAUAUUCUUGUUCCAAGAACUUUUCCACUUUAAUAAAGGAUCUUCCACCAACCAGUAUGCUCCUGCUUUUGCAGAUGCAGCACAGUUCCAUGCGUUUGUAUCCUGCCACCCAUACUAGUGUCCUAGGCCAGUCAUAACAAACAAAUGGGAUGGCUUCAACAACAGAAAUGUAUUAUCACACCAUUGUGGAGGCUGGAGAGUCCAAGAUCAAGGUGUUGGCUGGUUGUUUCUUCUGAGGCAUCUCUCUGUAACUUGCAGAUAGUUACCUUCUCCCUGUGUCUUCAUGUGGUUUACCCUCUGUGCAUUUCUCGGUCCUAAUUUCUUAUUAUUAAGACACCUGUUUUAUUGGAUUAGGGUCCACCCUCAUCACCUCAUUUAACCACACCAUGCCUUUAAAGGCGCUAUCGCUGAAAACCGUCACAUUCUGAGGUCCUGGGGGUUAGGACUUCAACAUAGGAAUCUGUGGGAGACUCAUUUGAGCCCAUAAGGACUCCCUCCUCACUUUCAUUUCUGCCCAUACGAAUUGUACCCAUAAUUCUUUUCCCAUAUCAGAAGUUUAAAUUCGGCCCUUUUUGAUCAUCCCAAUUUCUCUCCAAGUACUUAUAGCAAUUGUCUGUAGAACAUAUUUGGCAACUAAUUCUGUACUCUAUUGUAAUCUUUCUAUUGUUUCUAAAAGACGGUAUCUAUUUAAAGUAUUUUAAAGGAUACCUUGUAUACACGGUACUUAAGUAAGUUCUGUCUUCUCAACUAGAGGAGAACUCCUGGAUGGCAGCAAUGUUCUGUCACUCAGCAUGCCCACGGCAGUACUCCAGCCCAAAGCAGGCAUGGAGAGGGGGGUGCACAGCAGAGCAAGUAAUCAGAUCCAACCACUAGUUACAGACACCGACUGGGAGGCCAGUCCCCAGGGACCUGGAAACAUCAGACAAUCCACCCAGAAAGGCUCAGGCUGAUGACCCUGAUGAUUCUUAGGGACAGUAAGAUCCCAGUUAGGUGUGCAGAGCACAGCAGUGGGGAACCCCAGGUCAGCAGUGGGAAAUCCCAGACAUCUUAAGUCAGAUGGGCGUAUGCUCACCCAGAGACCAUCUUUACCCAAGAAAGCAGAGCCCCAUCCUUAAAUAAGACAGACCCUAGACUCCAAGGGGAGGGUGAAACAGAACAAGAUGGGAUAAGAACCAACAGCAGAGCCCAGUCUUGGGAACUGGGGCAUUGAGGACCACAUGAGGGCCUUAUGAUCACCCCUGGGUCUCCAUGCCAGCGAUAGGUGGAUUAAGGGUAUGUCAGUGCUGUCUGCCCUGUAUCAGUAUUGGCUUGAAAAAUGGGUGCCAAACAGCCUCAGGUAGUUUUUCCUCUACCCUUCUUAUAGCCUAAGAAAGACAGAAAAGAGGAAAGGAAGCUGCACUGUUUGGAUUCAAUACAAGGACAUAGACAGCCAGGCCCUGCUAAAAGCUGUCUUAAUUUCAACCUUCUGAAGACCACCUUCCACUCUAAAAGCCUAAGCCCUCAUGAGCACAAUGAGAUAGUCCUGCUGCACAGCUGCCCACUCUGCCUGGUCUCAGGGCAUCCUUGCACCUCUUGAAAAAUCCCAUGCCAUUUCCACUUAAUCACCCAACCCAAGCCCCUUGUAUUGCCCUCAUAGUGUUUCCCUGACAGCCACAGAGUGAUAUAUUCUCUUCUGCCCUGGUUCCUGAGAAACGACACGCAUUUAUCCUCAUUUGGAAGAAUCAGGACUGUGCUAACUGCAUGGCAUCUGCUGUUGUGUUUGCUGGGCAAGAGACAAUGCCGCUGUGGCCUCCUAUCCCCCUCCUCCCUCCCUGGGGACUCUCAGGUUGGAAGUGUUUCUGGCUCCACAGUAUCAAUCACAUCAGAACACCCUUGCUGUCUAGAGUCACGUGCUUCAGUCCAGUCUGGAAACAACAGGGGGAAAAAUCACAACAAAAGGCAAACCCUACAAAAGUAUUCAGUCUAUUCAAGCCAGAAGCCAUCCAAAACCAGGUUCAAAUAAGUACAGCAAUGGCUUACUGAUUUAUCCUUAAAAAUUGCAUUUCUUCCCCUCCCUUGUCUUCAUUCCUGUUGUUAAAUGCAGCCUUAUCUUUCAUAAUGAAAAGACAGGCUAAUUGAAGUGUCAAGUGAUGGGAGGGGUGGCCCAUUAGUCAAAAGCUGAGCAGCGGGCAGAGUGCUUCAGGCCCCAGAGUGCCUCCCCGCAGUCAGUCCUGGAGUCAUGACAGAGGUGACAGUGGUCGUAAAGAGCAGAGAAGGAGGGAACCUUGAUGAAUGGGAUGCUGGAUGAGCAGCUUGAAUCUACAAAUAAGAAUGCUCAAAUUCAAUCUGACAAGUAAAAAGCUAUUAAAAAGAACACCUGUGAAGUAUUUUUAAGAUCAAAGCAAGCAUUACAAAUAUUUAAAUAACAAUUUAUUGCUAGUUUUCUACAUACUUAAAAAAAAAGAGUCCAACUUUUAUUAGGAAGUAAUUGAGUAAAAACUGAGGUCCUUGCUUGCCCUCAUCUCCAUUCCCAGCAGCUUUCCUGGCCCCAUCUUCCUCUUCUGAACAUCACAUACAACCCUGAUACCUAAACUUCAGUAAGUGCGAGCUGACAUUCGUGCAACAGAAAUUCUGCCUCAGCAUUUAAAGCCGGAUCAAAAACACAUGCUUUCUUCAUCAGAUGUGAGGGAAAACAAACUAUUUUUAUCCCUAGGUAUAACAAGUCACAAGCAAUUUGCUCUCCAGUAUUAACACAGAAACGUAUCCCAACAAUGCUGACAACAAAUCAUUUUGCUCCCUAUGAUGAUUUUUGCAGAACUAAAGUUUAAAAAGUAAAAAUCAUAUUUUUGGAGUAUGUACUACAUGCCAAGCUUUUUGGUAAGGUAUGAGAUUUCAUAGUCACAUUACAAAAGAAAUAUUUUCCCAGAGAAUAAAUACAACAAUAUGGGUAUGAGAAGAGUAAAGAGAGUCAAGUCUGCAGGGAGUUUUGAAAAAAGAGAAAGACUGGAAAGAAUUGCUCUCUCUUGUAUGUUCUCCUGGUGUGCUCCUGUGCUCACCUCUUAGCUUGCUAAACACAACCUUCCCACCGCCACCCCAAGGCCCAUGCUAGGAAGGGCACUGGAAGGACCUGGAAAAUGGAGUUGAGAGACAGCCGAUGAUAGACUGAAAGCCACACACCUGGGCUUAAUUGCAGUCCCCAUCUCUAACUAUUUAAGUAGCCCUAAACUACGCAUGUGACCUCUCUUGAGCCAUUUUCCUCACCUGUGAAAUGGGAUUAGCGGAUAACAUGGUGUACAUGAAACGCUCAUGAGCUGAUAAAGCUAUGAAAUCAUGGUAGGCCCCCAGUAAAUGCUCGCACUCUUUCCCCAUCUUCAUUUCCCCUCUCAAAUGCUAGCUAAACAAGACGCAACUAUAACUUAGAUCACGGGUAAGGUAUCUUCAAGCACUGAAAGUGCCACGUGCAGGAAAAGGGAAAACGAGUCCUUCACUUUCCUUUGCUCUUUAUCUCACUUCAGGUUUUCAUUUCCAGGAGUUGGUCAUCCCCACCUGAAGACAUUCAUUUCUCUGUCAUUAGAAAGCAGGUCCCAAAGCACCUGCGGCACCACAGCUUGGGUCCUGCCAUUCCUACAUUCGAGGUGCUAGGCACUGAAUCCCAACGCUCAGUUACUCCACACACUACACUGUUUUCUUUGGGUUGGAAAUAUCCCCACUUGGGAAAUCUGUCUCAGCUUUUAAAAAUCAGACAAACUGCACUACAUUGAAGAUUUCCACCAAGCACUCUGAAUUGUAGACAACCCUGAACAAGAGUGUCCAAGGCUGGUGUUUGUCAUCUUUCUCACAUUGGCUACUUGCUUUGCAAUAGGAGGUAUUUUAAAUUAUCAUAGUUGUCCUAUGAAGGAUACUACAUAAAAGGCCAUCAUUAUAGAAAAUGUGUGUGUGUCUGCCUGUGUGUGUGUGUGUGUGUGUGUGCAUGUGCAUGUGUUUAUAUAACUAAUGUUAUGGAAGAGAGAAGUGGUUGUGAUCAUGGAAGACAGUACAGCAUUUGAAGCAAAGCUUAGAUGUAAAGUCAUCUAAGGAAAUAGGGCUGAGCAUCUCUUGGCUUGGGCAACUGUUGGAAGUAAAUGUUUAACAAGAUAAAACAGCAAAUUCCCAAUCGUGAACAGAGGCCAUUUUGAUUUCACUGCAAAUUGAAAUCUCUCUCAUGGAAGCUCCAGGUCACAAUCUCAGUGUUAAUUUCAGGUUCUGCUAGUCGAGUCUAGACAUCUCUAGCGCACCCUUUAAGGGUCUCCAGGAGAUUUCUAGAGAGGUGUCUUCACAGGGAAGUUCACACUGCAAGCUCAGCUCACCAUGACUCAGGCUGCCGGGGCAGUCAGCCAUGCUUGGAGGCUGAAUUUGGCAGGGACUUGCUGCCAUCUCCCUGCCAAACGGUCUCUCAUGACUCCAAAUCUCAAAAAAAAAGUCACUUUCGGGGAUGAGGUUCUUGGCCCAACUCUGCUUUAUAUAAACACAGUCUAUGGCUAUUUCAGUCUUCUGGAUUUUGAGAAGCAGCUUCAAGGAUGAACGGAUUGGUUUUGGCCCAAAUUAAAAAGAAGAGUGUUCAGUUCUGUCAGUGUUUGGGGAAAGAAGACCAAAAGCAUCAUCUCACAGGGAGCAGAACGUGAUCAGCCUGGCUAAUGAGGAAAUUAGAGGGAUUCACAAUUUAAGAACUCACUCUACCAAAGUCUGAACUUGUAAAAAUGGAUACAUUAAGUUUGGUGUAAGAAUUCUUACUCUAUAGAAAGAUAAAUUAUAAUCAUGUUGAUGCAUGAUGCCUAGGAUCUUAAAAAUGCAUGAUUAAUUAAAGGUUAGCCAACCUUGUGUUUUAAAGGGACACACACCCAUGACAUGAAGCCAGCUUCCUGUCUACAACUGUUGUCCUUACUGCCCAAGGAAGGGGAGCAUGAAACCCACCACUUGUCCUGCUACCCACUGUCUUUGGAAUCCACCCCAGGAGCCCAGGAGCCAGGAGCCUUGCCUGACACAUGGAUUUACUUCUUUAUCAAGCAUCCAUCUGACUAAGACACAAAUCCAACAUGUUACUGUUGCUCAUGCAGGAAAAACAGUAACUUAAUGAUGAUUAUGAUUAUGAAUUAAUGAUUAGGAAUGAGUAGGAAUGCUAAGGGAAAGAAGAAAAGAGCGUUUGGGGACAAAAAGCUUGAUUUUUUGCAAAUCAGUUUAGUACAACCUCCCUCCCCCAUUUCAUUCUUAAAAGUUAAUUAAGAAUCAUCAGCCACAUGUAGGGUGUUGGAAAUUCCGUAAGACACCCAAGUUUCUUCAAUAAGUAAAUGGCAUUUUAAAAAGGGAAACUUACGGGUUCAAUUAUUCUUAAGAGAUAUAUUCAUCAAGUAUAAUGCAUAAGCUUUGUUGGUUUAGAUCUUUAUUAAAACUAAGUGUAAAAAGUCACUUUUGAAGUAAUUGGAGAAGAGUAAGCAUAGGCUGGGUCCUAUUUGAUGUUAGAUAAUUAGAUGGUUACUUUAAAUUUUGUUAGAUGUGAUAAUGGCAUUGUCCUUAACUGGUAGGUACACAUCGAAGUAUGUUUACACUUUGCUUUAAAAUUUUCUUGCCAAAAGUGGGAAAGCAAUGGUGAUAGGUGAAAUAAGAAUGGCAGACAAGGCCACACACAGUUCUUCCAUAAAAUAUUUCUAAAAGAAAAAGAAGUUAGGCACUUUUCACUUGUAAAAGUUAGUGUCCCUCAAAUUCCAGAACAUUCAUAGACAUGUAGCUCAUGCUGCAAAACAAAAGCCCCCUCAUUCAAAGAGAGCUGUUGUUGCACUCUCUGCUCUCUCAUUUCUUUAUUCACGCUAUAACAUUCAGCGAGGGCUGACUGUGCUCCAGGGCCAAGUCCAGGAAAUGGAGAAUAACAAGAGCAGAGACAGAGUCCUUGCCCUCCAAGAACCUACGGGAUUGAUACAGGGCCAUGGGAGCUUGGUGAAGGGCCCCAGCAGGCUGCAGAGUUAGGAUUCUCAAAAGUGGUGAUCUCUAUGGUGAAUCCUAGAGGACACAAGGGGGUGGGGAACAGAAGCAGUUGUUCCAGGCAAGGAAGGAAGGAAUCUGUGCAAACGCCUAGGGGCUGGUGAACCUCGGGUGUGUGCUGGGGGUGCUGCCUCCUCCCACAGCUCGGGGCACAGGGAAGGCAGUCUUCCUUAUCAUGGUGGUCACUUGGCUGUACAAGCCCCCAUUCCCCAAGUCCCCCCCAGGCAAACCACACAACUGCUCUUCUUCUCACUCUUUUUUUAAGCCAAGAGAGAAUCACUGAAACAGCCAGCCAUUGGUGAGUCCUGGGCUCUCCUGACAGUGACUGUGUUUCGUUUGGCUGAAAAUCACAAAGCCUUGUUUUCCCAGUUUUCUGAUUCUCUUUGUUCUCAAGGCUUAGUGCAGCAUUACAAUGGGAUGGCUAAACAGAAAAAAAAAAAAAAAGGAGAAGGUCUAUUUUUCUCUUCACACAAAUAAAUAUUUGCUCAAGAAUGGAGGUGCCUAAUUCUUAAGAAUAACCAAAUGCUUUGGAUGUCUUAACAAGCAAAAAUCAUAUGCAAGGCAAUUCAGUGUUACUACUUAUUGAGGAAUUGUUUUUAGCAAGAAGAUGUUAUGCAGCAUGUUUUUAAAAAACAAGUUUUUCCAACAACAACAAAAAAAAAAAAACCACGCAGAAAAUAACUGAAUCACUAUAAUAUUCCCAAAGGCUGGCUUUUACAUCAUCAAAGGGUCACAUCUCAUACUACACUGAAGCAUAUAAGAGUGUCGGGGCCGGGUGCAGUGGCUCACGCCUGUAAUCCCAGCACUUUGGGAGGCCUAGGUGGGCGGAUCAUGAGGUCAAGAGACUGAGACCACCCUGGCCAACAUAGUGAAACCCUGGCUCUACUAAAAAUACAAAAAUUAGCUGGGCGUGGUGGCACACACCUGUAGUCCCAACCACUCAGGAGGGUGAGGCAGGAGAAUCGCUUGAACCCAGGAGUCAGAGGUUGCAGUGAGCUGAGAUCCGGCCACUGCACUCCAGCCUGGCAACAGAGUGAGAUUCCAUCUCAAAAAUAACAAGAGAAAGAAACAAGAGUGUCUACUUGUGUUACAAAUGGAGCAAAGGUGUUUGGGGAAAUGGAAGCAAAAGGGACAGACUUGAAGCUGCACUUUUGCAAUCAACUAGCAAUUUAGAAGGAUUUGACUUUCUGGGGCUAAGGAAAAAAAAAAUUGGAGGUUCAUUUUGCCUGUGAAAUUAAAAUUAUAUUUUAGUAAACAAAGCUGACGCCAUUUAACGGUGAACCCCGUGACAUUUCCUGGCUUGCUGCAGCAUUUCUGCUCGUCUCCUUGUUACGUUUGUUCAAAAUACAAACACAGCAUUUCCACGUUGCCAGAGAAGCAAAUGUGGGCUGACUGGCUGAUUUUAGCUGCUAUGGUUUUUCUGUAACCUUUAGCAAUUGUUGUGACAAAUACCAUCCCUGUAAGCUGCAGUUUCUAACUGUGCAGCAUUUGUGAACCAUGUCCACCUUCUCCAGGUUUGGUAUUUGGUCGACUAAGUUGGCAGUGUCAUUAACUUUUCUUCCAUUUUACAAAAAUAAAAAAAGUUAAUCUGAA